AUGCUGGACGACAGAAUAAGACUUCAGGGAAGCAAUUUCACAGAUGUCCAGACACUUGAACGUCUCAAGAAACCGUCCUCAGCAGCAUCCCCAGAUGAACAACCAGAGGCUGAAUCACAGGAGGAUACACAGAGAAACCCCAACACACAGCAAGACCUUGCUGUUCUUUAUGAAAAAUUCUACCAAUUGAUUAUCACGAUGAGCAAAACUGUUUUAGACAUUCGUGAGAAGGAAAUGGAGUUAAAAAUCGAACCAGAUGAACAAGCAAAGCAAACAAUCAAGAUCCUAACAGAUGCAAUGGGACUGGGGCAAUUGAGCCAGACAAAUGAUGAGGCUUCUCUUCCAGUGGGGAAAUCCGUGCCUACUUCAAAAGAAGUGGUGGUUGAUGAACAACAAACUCAACCACAAGGGGCACAGGGACUGGAUCAAUUGAGCCAGAAAAUGAUGAGACUUCUCUUCCAGUGGGGAAAUCCAUGCCUACUUCAAAAGAAGUGGUGGUUGAUGAACAACAAACUCAACCACAAGGAGAAGAACACUCAGGAAGAUAUCACAGGAAGUGUUGAUUUGGAUAAAGAUGUCAAUGAGACUAUAGAAGCAGAAGAAUAUCUAGUACCAUCUGCACUCGACGAAACAAAGAAUCCCACUCCUUCCAUCAAUGAAAUCAUAAGAAGGGCCAGUGCACCAGCUUCAGAAUCAUUAAGUGGUACCAAAAAACUAGAGAUGAUUGCGGCUGUUGCAGAACAAGUUGAGAAAAACCCAAAGGUGGUUGAAGCAGUCCCUUUAAGCAUAAUUCCACCCGAUUGGAAUAUUGCUUCUACCACGGGUGGUCUACUCAUGCUGGAUAAAAAUGAGUGUACCACGCCACCGCCUGUAAUCUCAAAGAAAGCUGAUGUACUUAAUGAAGGGUUAACAAAGACAGUGGAAAAGAAUUUCUUGUUUGAAUUUGGAAAAAUCAUUUGGACAGACAGGACAGCAUUCUAUUCCAUGAGGGAAGGGGCAUGGAUAGAAAACAGCAUCAUAGAUGCUUGGGCUGUCAUCCUAAACAAAGAAGAAGCUAAGAGUGACUCCCCAAGAUGGAUAUUCUUUGGUGUUUCCUCAUUUUUUCAAUUCUUCCAAAGCUAUGUUGAAUGCAUGUUUCCACACAUAGAACUGGUCACUGCUCAGUACACCUUGACAGAGGUUACGCUACCAUCACAUAAGGACAAAACGCCGACUGUGGAAGAUUGUGGAAUAUACACAAUGCACCAGAUGGAGCGGUAUGAUGGUGGUGAGUACGAGGAUGGUACUACUUUGAAUUUCAACACAGGAAACAUCAAAGAGUACCGGUGGAAAUACAUGAUAAAAAUCCUUAUGCACCCAGCCAACAAAAAUAAGGACAAAUUCCUCGAAGCAAUGCAUCAGUUCUAUGCAAAUACUGCUGAAGAAGAACAAAAAGAAAUUCCAGAUCAUAUUGAUUUGAGCAGCAAAUCUUACUACAAUGACAGAAAAAUUCAGGGAUGGGUUAAAUGA